AUGACAACUUAGAUAAAAAAACUAUCAAAAUUAGAUCAUACAGUACCAAUUUAUUCUCCUCGUACAACUUAUAAAUAGAUUUUACAUACUGAUGAAACAUUAUUGGCUGAUCUUACUCUUAAUUUUGAUCCAUUCACUAUUAAUGUUUUAAGAACAGAAUUUUUAAUGCGACAUGGAUCUAUGGAGGUGACAGAAUUCAUUUUAGUUGUCAAGGAACAUUUAUUAAGUUGGCAAUUAGAAAUCUCAAAUAGAGAUAUUAAGUUAAUUAGGUAUUUGAUAUUAUAAUAAGAUAACUUGUUAAUCUUUUUGAAGAGAUUGAUUUAAAUGGUAAUGGGAAUUUAGAAUGGGAAGAAUUCACAAACUACAUUAUUGAAAAAGCAACAGUGUUAAAUAAUAUUAAGUCUAAAUAAGAUGAAAUCAAACUAUACACAAAAUCUAAUAUGAAACCAUUCAAAAAAUUCACAUAAAUCAUUACUAGGGUAAUUUACAUAAAGGAAAUAGAUAAAAUAGCAUUUUUUGAGGAAGGAAGUGAUGAAAUUUAAUUUAUGACUCCUGAUGGUGGAUUUGGCUUAAAGCCAUUAAAAAUUGUACCUAUUAGUGACAAAGUUGUGACAACACAAGCAAAAAAAGAUAAAGAUAAACAAAAUGUAUAUAAACUUAAUUCAGAACUAGUUUGUUAUUGUUAAAAAAGAAGACACAAUAGAAAAAAAGACAUAAAUUUUGGCAAUGCUCUACAUUGAUGACCCUAAAUAUCAAAUAUUAUUGACUUCAACCCAUGAUGGCUAUGUAAGAGGGUGGAGAUAUUAAUCUUCAGGAUUUGUUUAGGCCAAUUAACCUGAUAAUGAUGAAGAAAUGAUAGAACAUCAUUUUAAUAAUGACAUAUAUAGUAUGACUUGGGAUGGGAUAAAUGAAAUUUUGUAUUGUGGUUAAAAAGAAGGCUAAAUUAAUAUAUGGAAUUUGAAAAAUGAUACAGAAAUUCAAUUUGAAGAUAUAAGUCAUACUGAUGUUGUUAUGGAUAUGAUCGCGAUGCCAAAAUUACAGUUUAUGGCAUCAGCUAGUCUAGACCAUAAUUUAAUUUUGUGGAAUACUUUAUCUAAAAAACGAGAGCGUACAUAUAAGGAACAUACAAGAGGCAUAGUGUCUUUAGCAUUUAAUGAGAGUUUAAUAUUAUUAUUUUCUGCUGGAUUUGACCAUAAUUUAUGUGUUUGGAAUCCAUAUAUUGAAAGUUUGAUUUUCAAAAUACAAGGUCAUAGUAGUCCAGUUAUUGGAGUUGUAGUUAUUGAAGGUACAUCAUAAAUAGUUUCUUUGGAUUAAGAAGGUAGUGUAAAGGUUUGGGAUACAAAGAAAUUUAAUUGUGUUUAAUAAUUUAGUGUUGAAACAUAAGAUGAAAAACAUAAGUUUAAUCCUUCGAGUUUAUGCUAUAUACCUAAACCUUUAAAGCUAAUCUUUGGUGGUAGAUCAAUUUAUUCUUAUGAAUAUGAUAAGAAUUAUAAUCCUAAUUCAGUAGAUGAUUAUGUUGCAGUAUGUUGUAAAUUUAUAGAAAAUUAAAUGGCAUUUUUUACACCAGCAGGAACUAAAAUAAAAAUAUGGAAUGCUUUAACUGGAGAUGUUAAAAAAAUAUAUAGUGAUAUUACAACUACUGAAAUUACAGCAUUUAAAUUAGAUAAUUUAGAUAAAAGAUUUAUUAUUGGAGAUAGUAGUGGAACUGUUGCAUUAUUUAAUGUAAUUAAUGGAGCAAAAAUCAAGAAUCUACCAAAACAUUCAGGUGAAGUUGUUGCUAUUGUUCAUGCAUCUGAUAUUGGAUCAUUCUUUACUGGAUCUAUGGAUAAUAAUGUAUUUAUGACUUUAGAUAAUGAAUUUGGAGAAAGUGAAUUAUUACGUACAUUUAUANUUUAAUUUAUGACUCCUGAUGGUGGAUUUGGCUUAAAGCCAUUAAAAAUUGUACCUAUUAGUGACAAAGUUGUGACAACACAAGCAAAAAAAGAUAAAGAUAAACAAAAUGUAUAUAAACUUAAUUCAGAACUAGUUUGUUAUUGUUAAAAAAGAAGACACAAUAGAAAAAAAAACAAAAAUUUUGACAAUGCUCUACAUUGAUGACCCUAAGUAUCAAGUAUUAUUGACUUCAACCCAUGAUGGCUAUGUAAGGGGGUGGAGAUAUUAAUCCUCAGGAUUUGUUUUAGCCAAUUAACCUGAUAAUGAUGAAGAAAUGAUAGAACAUCAUUUUAAUAAUGACAUAUAUAGUAUGACUUGGGAUGGGAUAAAUGAAAUUUUGUAUUGUGGUUAAAAAGAAGGCUAAAUUAAUAUAUGGAAUUUGAAAACUGAUACAGAAACUUAAUUGUAAAGUGAAGGUGGUCAUACUGAUGUAGUAAUGGAUAUGAUUGCUAUGCCAAAAUUACAAUUUAUGGCAUCAGCUAGUUUGGAUGGUAACUUAAUUUUGUGGAAUACUCUCUAUAAUAAAAGAGAGCGUACAUAUAAGGAACAUACAAGAGGCAUAGUCUCAUUAGCAUUUAAUGAAAGUUUAAUAUUAUUAUUUUCUGCUGGAUUUGACCAUAAUUUAUGUGUUUGGAAUCCAUAUAUUGAAAGUUUGAUUUUCAAAAUACAAGGUCAUAGUAGUCCAGUUAUUGGAGUUGUAGUUAUUGAAGGUACAUCAUAAAUAGUUUCUUUGGAUUAAGAAGGUAGUGUAAAGGUUUGGGAUACAAAGAAAUUUAAUUGUGUUUAAUAAUUUAGUGUUGAAACAUAAGAUGAAAAACAUAAGUUUAAUCCUUCAAGUUUAUGCUAUAUACCUAAACCUUUAAAGCUAAUCUUUGGUGGUAGAUCAAUUUAUUCUUAUGAAUAUGAUAAGAAUUAUAAUCCUAAUUCAGUAGAUGAUUAUGUUGCAGUAUGUUGUAAAUUUAUAGAAAAUUAAAUGGCAUUUUUUACACCAGCAGGAACUAAAAUAAAAAUAUGGAAUGCUUUAACUGGAGAUGUUAAAAAAAUAUAUAGUGAUAUUACAACUACUGAAAUUACAGCAUUUAAAUUAGAUAAUUUAGAUAAAAGAUUUAUUAUUGGAGAUAGUAGUGGAACUGUUGCAUUAUUUAAUGUAAUUAAUGGAGCAAAAAUCAAGAAUCUACCAAAACAUUCAGGUGAAGUUGUUGCUAUUGUUCAUGCAUCUGAUAUUGGAUCAUUCUUUACUGGAUCUAUGGAUAAUAAUGUAUUUAUGACUUUAGAUAAUGAAUUUGGAGAAAGUGAAUUAUUACGUACAUUUAUAAUAUAAGAUGGAUAAUUAACAUACUUAAGUUAUGAUCCUGCAAUGAAACAUUUAUUAGCAGGAACUAAUUCUGGUUAAAUUAGAUUUUAUGAAACUGAUACAAAUAAAUUGCAUGGAGUUGCUAAUGAAUUUAAAUAAGGAGAAGAAAUUACAUCUAUCAAUUUAAUCAAAGGAAUUCCAUUUAUGUUUGUUACCAAUAGUUAGGGUAGAAUCUCAAUUAUGUCAAUGCCUCCUGUAUUACAUAGAUUUGUCAAAGUUUAUACUUUCACUAAUAUAGAUCCUGAAAUUCCUAGUUAAUUAUUAGGAAUCUCUAAUGCAGUAUUCAGUUAAGAUAAAAAAGUACUCUAUCUAAGCGAUGAUAAAGGUUUCAUUAAAUGUUUUGAAGUUGAUUGGCUUGUAGACUUUUUGAUUAAUAUUGUCAACGAAAAAGAUAAGGAAGAGGCAGCUAUAAAAAGAAUUAAAGGACUUAAAACUACUUAAAAUGGAAGACAAAUGCUAACUUUGCCAAAAAUAGCUUAAAAAGAAGUUAAAAUGAAAUGGAUUACUAGAGCUCAUUAUGAAGUUAUUAAAUCUUUAGAAUAUGUAGAAAAAGAAAAUUUUCUCAUUACUACUGCUUUUGAUAAGAAAGUGAAACUUUGGGAUGCAGAAACUGGUAAAUUUAUAGAUUCAUUUCAAUAAAAUUAUGAUAGGAAAGAACCAAGACCUAUUGCUCUAAAAAGAAGUGGAACAGAUGAAAUUUAUAAUGCUGAAUUAAAUGAAAGAGUAGAUCUCAAAUAUACUUAAUUAAUACAAUAACAAUAAUAAGAAGAAUAAGGUGCUUAAGUUCAAUAAAUUUAAGUUUUAGAAGAAAAGAUUUCAGAUCCUCUUGGGCUAACGAAAUCUCCUCAAGAAGAAUUCAAUCCAUUUUAUUACUUAGAAAAAAUAGAUCAAUCUAAAUUAUCAACUCUAAAAAGUAAUCCUGAAUGGAAAUUAGAAAUAAGAUUUAAAGAAUAUUAUGAAAAAUAUGAAUAAAAAAUUAAAACUUUAUUUGAAUAAGUUAAAAUUAAAGAAAGGGAAGUACAUGAGAAAUAGGUUAAAUAAGGAAUACAUAAUAGGCAUUUUAAAGGGUAAAAUUAACCAUCUGAUGAUGAUAAACAAUUUGAGUAAAAUCAUAAACCAAUAAUAAAAGAUGAUGAAGGAAAUAAUAAUCAAUAAUUAUAGUAAUAAGCCUCAUAACAAUUUACUCAAAAAAUAAAGCUCGAAUAAGUACUGUAAAGAUAUAAGGUUCAGUAAAAAGAUCAGCAUUAAAUUUCAUAAAGAGGAAACCUAUAAAUAAAUUUAGAUAGUAUGAUUAAUUAAAAUGAUAUAGUUAAAGAGCUAAAAUAACAACACUCAGAUUUAUAGGAAAAUUAUAAAUUUGGAAAUAAAGGAGGUAAUUUGACUCCUUAAGCGAAAUCUACAUCAGUUCCACCUUUAGUUAAGAAUGUAACACAAAGAUAAACUAAAAAGGUAGAUCCUCAACUAUUUGAGAAGCUCUAUAAAUAAAACUUAAAAAGCAAGGCACUUUAUAACUCAGAUCCUAAAAUCUUCCUAUCAGAAGUAAAUUAUUUUAUUUAUGUUAAGGCUGAAUGUAAUGCUGCUUCAAGAUUUGUCACUGUAUUAGAGAUUUAUGAUAUCACAGAUGAAAGAUCAUAAAAAUUUAAAGAAAUUAAAUGUAGAUCAAAAGUCAAAUUACCAAGAUUAUAAUGA